AUGGAGGCCGCCGCAGCGCCCGUGGCCAACCAGGGGGAAUCCCAUGGGACCGCAGCGAAGACGGCGCGGUGCGGCGACUCCGACGAGAGCGCCGCGGAUUACAUCAGCAGGGUCCCCGAUGCCGUCCUCUGCACCAUCAUCUCCCUCCUCCCCACCAAGGACGGCGGCCGGACGCAGAUCUUCUCCCGCCGAUGGCGCCCCCUAUGGGCCUCCGCGCCUCUCAACCUCGAGGUCCGCACCCGUCACCCCGGCCCCGGCGUCCCCAUCCGCACCUCCUCCGUCUUCCCCGAUGCCGCCUCCAAGGUAAUCUCCAAGCAUCCUGGCCCCGCCUGCCGAUUCUGCUUCCACGGCCUCUGCCCCGGCGACCUCCACGACCAGGCGGAGACCUGGUUCCUCUCCCGAGCCCUCGCCAAGCUUCAGGAGCUCGAUGUCGGCUACGCGUUCUGCGAUGAACGUAAUCCGGGGAGAAACCCGCUGCCGCCAUCGGCGCUCCGCUCUGCGCCUACCCUCCUAGUUGCCAAGAUCAGCUGUUGUGAUUUGCCCCGAGAGAUGGUGCCGUCCAUGGGCUUUGACCUCCUCCAGCGUCUCUCCUUGAUCUCCGUUUACAUCUCAGUGGACGUCUUCCGUGGACUGCUCCCUGCUUGCCGUGCCUUGGAGAGCUUACACAUGUCCAACGUUCUUGGUACGCGUUGCCUCCAUGUUCGCUCGCCGACUCUUAGGAGUAUAUGCUUCCGUAACACCUCUGGUAGAGCAGAGCUGGUCAUCGAGGAUGUGCCUCGCCUUGUGAGGUUACUAAUACCUUUUGGUUGCCGAGAAAACUGUGGUACUAUCCGGGUAAUUUCUGCGCCUAAAUUGGAGAUAUUGGGCCCUUUGUUACCUGUCGUCUCCAAGGGAGUAAGUUCAGCCGACUUGGCAAACUCGAUGCACACCGUGAAGAUUUUGGCUCUCAGGUGUUCUGGAUAUGAAUUGGACGGAGUUCUUAAUAUCCUUAGGAGGUUCCCCUGUCUCGAGAAGCUCUAUAUCAUUUUUCACAAACACUACGAGAUGGAUGCCAAAAUCGAGCCUCAGUAUGACCGACGACUAUAUCCAAUUGAAUGCCUUCAAACCCAUCUCAAAACAGUGGUGUUUGAAACAUUCGUGGGCCAUGAUAAACAGCUUGAGUUUGCCAAGUUCUUUGUUUUGAAUGCAAAGGCGCUAAAAGAAAUUGAAUUUGAAGGAAUAUAUGGUGCCAAAAACGAUGUAUCGCUGGCUUACCAACACACGCUGCUACGAGUGGAAAACAGAGCUUCUCGAGAUGCCCAAUUUGAAUUCAGGAGCAGAUAUCGCAAUACUGCGAUUCAUCUCCUCAGGCAUAUCCAUGAUUUGUCAGUGGCCGACCCCUUCGAACAGUUAUAG